AUGGUCUUGUACCGGCGACGUAUCUCACAAGUGUCUGCCUUAUCAACUUUCGAUGGUAGUUUAUGUGCCUACCAUGGUUGUAACGGGGAGCCUGAGAAACGGCUACCACAUCCAAGGAAGGCAGCAGGCGCGCAAAUUACCCACUCUCGGCAUGAGGAGGUAGUGACGAAAAAUAACGAGACCGUUCUCUUUGAGGCCGGUUAUCGGAAUGGGUACAAUUUAAACCUGUUAACGAGGAUCUAUGAGAGGGCAAGUCUGGUGCCAGCAGCCGCGGUAAUUCCAGCUCUCAAAGUGUAUAUCGUCAUUGCUGCGGUUAAAAAGCUCGUAGUUGGAUCUGCGUCUUAG